GAAAAAGGCUAGAGAGAAGCCAAUGGACAAUGAUCAAGCGGCCGCGACGAGAUAGAGAAGCAGGAAGUAGAAAGAAAGCGAGAGAAGAAGAAGGAAAUGGGUUUUGGUUUUGCAGAAGCGAAUAUUGGGAGCGACCACGUGAGUGUGGUUCCCAUAACAGUGUUCGUUGUCGUUCUGUGCCUCUGUUUGGUGUUCGGCCAUUUGCUCGAAGAAAAUCGAUGGGUUAACGAAUCCAUUACUGCCAUUUUCAUCGGAAGCCUUAGUGGGACAAUAAUCUUGUUGAUAAGCAAGGGGAAGAGUUCUCACAUCCUUAGAUUUAAUGAAGAGCUCUUCUUCAUAUAUCUGCUUCCACCUAUAAUCUUCAAUGCUGGAUUUCAAGUAAAAAAGAAACAGUUCUUUCAAAACUUCUUAACCAUUAUGGGAUUUGGCGUUGUUGGUGUUUUCAUGUCAUCACUCAUUAUUACAGCUGGUAGCUGGUGGCUGUUCCCUAAGUUUGGGUUUGCCGGUUUGUCUCCCCAAGACUUUCUCACAAUUGGAACGAUAUUUUCCUCAACAGAUACAGUGUGUACACUGCAGGUUCUGCAUCAAGAUGAGACACCUUUGCUGUACAGUCUAGUGUUUGGGGAAGGAGUAGUAAAUGAUGCAACAUCAGUUGUUCUCUUCAAUGCAGUUCGAAAUCUUGAUGUCACUAGACCUGAUGGCUGGGCAGCUGCUCGAGUCUUGGUGGAUUUCUUUUACCUGUUCUCCACAAGCACUGCUCUUGGAGUUCUUGAUGGGCUUUCAACAGCAUACAUUCUCAAAGGCUUGUACUUUGGAAGGCACUCGAGCGUCCGUGAAAUUGCUUUGAUGAUAUUGAUGGCAUAUCUGUCCUACAUGUUGGCUGAGCUGUUACACCUUAGUGGGAUUCUAGUCUUCUUUUCUGGUAUUCUGAUAUCUCAUUAUGCAUGGCAUAAUGUUGCUGAUAGUUCAAGAAUUACAACCAGGCAUGCAUUUGCUACCAUGUCUUUCAUUGCAGAAACUUUCAUAUUCCUCUAUGUGGGAAUGGAUGCCCUGGAUAUUGAAAAAUGGAAGAUUAGCAAGUUAAGUUUUCAGACUUCAUUGGGCAUAUAGUGCAUUACAAUGUUUCUGAUUUUGUUUGGGCGUCCGGCAUUUGUGUUUCCUCUCUCUGCUUUAUCAAAGUACAUGAACCGAAAUGCGGGUAGAUCGUCAUCCAUCACAUUCAAGCACCAGGUAAUAAUAUGGUGGGCUGGGCUCAUGAGAGGGGCCGUGUCCAUUGCUUUGGCAUUCAAACAGUUCACCUAUUCUGGCGUGACAAUGGAUCCUCUUAAUGCUACAAUGGUUACCACAACGGUUGUCAUCGUCCUCUUUAGUACAAUUCUCUCAAUGCAGGUUUUUGGCUUCCUCACGAAACCACUUGUUCACUAUUUGCUUCCCCAACAUCCGUCACACAGGAACAUCGUUCACCAGGACGAGCCAGGAUCCCCCAAGGAGGACCUGACCCUUCCUCUGAUUUCCUUAGAAGAAUCUGUUUCAACCAACAUGAUCCAUGCAACGGGUAGCUUGUCAAUGCUAAUAGAAAGGCCUGUCUACACCAUCCAUACAUACUAGAGGACGUUUGAUGAUAAAUACAUGCGACCGAUAUUUGGAGGGCCACGCAGCAACGCGUGCCCUUGUUAAAAACACAGCUCUAAACAUGACUUGGGAGAUUCGGCUUGUCGCUCUGUAUCGGCGAAAGGGUCACUAAGCAGUUCAUCAAGUUGCUGUUUUGAGGGACUGCAGAAACCUGGUUUUGUGUGUGCGCGCUAAACAUUCUGUGUAUCUGAUAGACGAGAAAUGAGUGUUGUCAAUGUAAGUAUGUUAAACUUUAGACCGUUACCAAAUUCAACAUGAGGAGAGAACUGAUUUGUGGACAUGCUCCAUGAACUUGAACUACAGUUUGACCAAACUUUUGUCAAUUACCCAAUGCUUUGAAGGGUUUGUUGCUCAAAUAUUCCAAAAACAGAUGAUUUUGACAGAAGCACCGACAUGGUCUACAUGUUAUCUUAGUGACCCUUCUUUGGCAGUAGCGAGAUCUGUAGAGAGUGAUGGAAGAAGGCGGCGAAAAGAGAUGUGAUGGCAGAGAGAAGAGAGACAUGAUGGAAACACUAUUAAACUGUUGAUGAAACUUUGGGUGUUUUAGCACCACACAAUUUGUGGAAUGUAUUUUGUUUUUAAUAAAUAGCUAAUAUACUUGCAAUUUUGGGAGUAGGC